GCUCCCCGAAUCUUUCUCGGGGAGGUGAGAGUUGUUGUGCAGAGUUUCCUCUCUCUAUCCUCUUAUGUCACGCAGCCCCGGCGGCUCCCGAAAUAGCUGCCAAUCCCCGGAGGUUUCACUUCAAGGUCUCUAUUCUUAGCGCUGGCGGCCGCUCGAGCCGCGUUACUCAGCCGUGAGCUCAGGGCCCGCGGGGUGAGCGCCAGCCCGGGCCAUGCGGGGCUCCCGCCCGUGCCCCGUGGCACCUCCGGAGGGUCGGCGCGGGCAGGGCCGCGGGGUCCUGCGCUCCCAGGGAGCCGCGAGCGCCUGAGCGGGCAGCGAGCGCUUCGCCGGAGCCGCUCUCCCUCCCUCCCUCCCUCCCUCCCUCCCUCCCGGCGGGGUCGGCGCGGGAUGACUCAGUGCUGAGAGUCCCCUCGGUGGCCCCGUCGCGUCUCGGCCGCCCCAGCGGCCGCCUCGGGCGCUCCCCCCGCCGGGCCGGCCGCGGGAUGCGCGGCGGGGAUGGAGCAGAAGUGAGCGUGGGAUGCGCAGCGGCGGCUUCCCGGCAGCGGAACCCGCUGGAUGUUCUCGGCUGAAGGGAUCCCUCGCCCUGGGGAUGUUCAGCCCCUCCUCCGCCGUGACCCCCCCGUGCGCGUCCCCGCGGGGGCCCCAGGCCGUGCCCAUGGACCUGCGGCUCGGGCAGCGCGUGGUGAAGCCCGGCUCGGACACGGCCCUGCUGGCCCUCAAGCACACCCAGCAGCUCCAGCACCAGCUCUUCCUGGCCAGCCUGCACCAGCAGCAAGUGGAGCAGCUCGCCCAGCAGCACGUCAGGGUACGGGGGGCGCGGGGGGGGGGGGGUUACACCCGCUUAUGGUGCCGUUUGGUUACGUGGCCAUGGGAGUCCCCGCACCACGAGGCUGAGCCGGGGCAGCAGGAGCAGGAGCUCAGGCAGCUCCUCAACAAGGACAAGAGCAAGCGAA